AUGGAUCCUGCACAUGAAAAGGCGGCAGGAAUUUUUGACUGGGAAGAUUUGUUUGGGAAGAUCAGAAUGAAAUAUGAAGCUUGCACCGAUUUGCAAAAGCAUUUUAUGUUGGAAAUGUUGAUAGAGAUUGCAGAUCCGAGUAAAACAAAUAUGCAAGAACCCAAAGGCAAAUUUGCAACCAAGGGUCGCCCAACCCUUGCACAAACAGAAGCACAAAAGAAGAUAUAUAAAUCUACAAAGAGAGAUCUAUCGAGUUGGGAAAGACCACCUACAGGAAAUAAUUCUGCAACAGCAUCAAAGAAAGUGAAGCCAACAACAUCAAAGAGAGUGCAACCAACAUCAAAGAAGGGGCAGCCAAGAAAGAAUGGAGUAAAAUCUCAAGUAGUGGAUAAGGUCAAUAGUAUUGACUUACCGGAUCUGAAUGCAUCGCCGGAUUUGAACGAAAUAGAAGAAAUUGAUAUGUUUCCCAGUAAAUUAAUAUCGAAAAGGAAGAAAAUUCUGACUGAUGUUGUGGAGAGGCUGGAAAAUGUUGCACCUUAUGGGCAUUGUGGAUUUCUAGCUUGUGCCGAAAUGUUGGGGUUGAGUGCUGAUGAUGGAUGGAAGACUGUCAAGAUGGAAAUGGAGAGAGAACUGACCAUGUACUGGAUGGUUUUGCCCAGCAUGGGAUAUAUAUUUGCCUCUGCAUUCAAAUGUAUCUUUUCAUCGUAUUCGAAUAUGGGAUGCACCACAUGGUUACCGUUGAUGACUGCACCUCCAGAAGAUUUCAAGGUUGUGACGAUUUUCAAUCUCGACAACGAAUACUUUGUUAAGGCAAUAUUGAAACCGGGUGCGCCCAUACCACCUGUUCUCAACGGAUGGAAUUCUAUAUGCACCGAAGAGGCGCUAUUGUGGACGCCACACAUGGAAAUGAUGCAUCGAGGAUGGGAAAAAUAUCGAACAAAAACAACCUGGGCAGCGUUUGCAGGUUAUAGAGGACAUAGACCUCGACGAUCCUUUGCAGGUGUAGCUAAGACAGGAGCUGAAUUUGUUGAUGGAGUUGCAGUUGGUCUUGCGCUUAAAUUUUCAGAAAACUUGUUAUUUCAUAAAAGUACCCAUUACAAUGAGAUGUUAGAUCUGUUCAAGAGAGUCAACAUCAACAUUCCUUUUCUUGAAGCAAUCAAGCAAAUCCCUGCUUAUGCCAAAUUCCUCAAAGACUUGUGUACUCAAAAGCGCAAGCUCAAUGUGCAAAAACGUGCUUUCUUAGCUGAGCAGGUGAGUUCCAUCAUUCUGAACAAAACUCCACCCAAGUUUAGGGAUCCAGGAUGUCCAACAAUUUCUUGCACUAUAGGAGAACACACGGUCAAUAAAGCGUUAUUAGACCUAGGUGCAAGUGUUAACCUACUGCCAUAUUCUGUUUAUGAGCAGUUAGGUCUUGGGGAGUUGAAACCAACAUCUAUCACUCUACAACUGGCAGACCGAUCUGUCAAGAUUCCUCGUGGAGUGGUCGAAGAUGUUUUGAUCAAGGUUGACAAAUUCUAUUUUCCCGUAGACUUCAUUGUCUUAGACACUCAACCUGUACAAAACCCAGACUGUCACAUUCCUGUCAUCUUAGGACGUCCUUUCUUGGCUACGUCCAACGCGAUCAUCAACUGUCGGAAUGGAGUGUUAAAACUGUCUUUUGGUAACAUGACGGUAGAAUUGAAUGUGUUCGAUAUUAGUCAACAACCUGUGAAUCUUGAUGAUGAUGAUGUGCAUGAAGUUAAUAUGAUUGAAGGAUUAAUGCAAGAUUCGUUGACUAACAUUCUAUCCGUCGACCCCUUUCAAGCAUGUAUGGAGAACUUUAACCCUGAUUCUAUGGUCACUGAAAGGAAAUAUGAAGUGGAACAACCCCUAUUCUCUGAUUCCAAGCUUAUUCCAUCCAUUGUUGAGCCACCCAAGCUUGAAUUGAAAACAUUGCCUAGUACGUUGAAGUACGCAUUCCUAGGUUCUUCUGAUACUUUACCUGUCAUUAUUUCAUCAUGUUUAGACACGGAACAGGAAAGUAGGAUGCCCUCACGUUGGUCGAGACAAGACCGCUCUAAAUUCCUGGCUGAAGUCAAACAUUUCCUUUGGGAUGACCCAUAUUUGUUUAAGUACUGUCCAGACCAACAAAUCAUUAGGAGAUGUGUCCCCAACACUGAGGCCUAUAGAACAGCUUAUAAGACACCAAUUGGCAUGUCCCCCUAUCGUCUAGUGUAUGGAAAGCCGUGCCAUCUACCUGUGGAAUUAGAACAUCGUGCCUACUGGGCA